AAAUCAAUUACGUCAGAAACGAGUAUCUCAUCCAUAAUUAAUUGAAUAUUUUAAUGAAAUGAACGAAAACAAAGCAGUUUCCGAUAAAGAGCUCUUGGAAGCAAUAAAAAAUCUUUUGAAGAAAAGCGGUCAUCUGAAUAAAUUUCAGGCCGAGAUAAGAGCAAAAGUCACGGACAUACUGAGAAAUCGGGAAGACUUGGACAAAAACACCAUCCCGGAGCCGACAGAGGAGGUAUUGCUCAUCAACGAACUUGUGAGGGAAUAUCUGGAAUGGAACGGAUAUUUAUAUACAGCAUCUGUGAUGGUGACAGAGACAGCCAUGCCGAGUAAAAGUAAAACACGUGGCGAGCUUUGUGCUGAAGUGGGAGUGAAGGAUGAUGAGAAGUCAUCAGCUCUGCCACUCUUGUCCAACAUAGUGGCAGCAUAUACCGAACGAAUUAAGAGGAAGUUGAAUAAAGUCAGAAAAGACGAUCAAUAAAUAUGAGAAUAAUAACUACUGUAUUAUACAUAUGUCGAUUUAUGUGAAUAUUAUUUUUUGAUUAUUUUAUUAUAUAAAAUAUAUGGUACUUAGUAAAUCAACUGCCUACAUCGGCUUAGUAGAUAAAAAAACUUGUUACACUCCGGGAGUGGGAGCGGGAGCAGAAGUGAAAACUUGAAGAUGAACGUUGUGCAUUUUUGAAUUUUUUGGAAUGCUUUGUUAAUAAUUUCGCACGAAUUGCUCUAUUUAUCAGUAGGUAUAAAAGUACUAGCAUUUAUGUGGUUUACAAUAUUGUAUUAUUGUGCUAUCUUACACAAAAAUGACUAGUCGCAAUGGGUAAUCUAAGAGAUUAUUUUGAGUGGACUGUAUGGAAAAAAAGGUAGCGGGGUUCGUCUCCUUGUAAUACCAAUUACCUCAAUGCAGUAAAAUUCCAGGGACUAACCUUGAUAUCUUCUGUAGGCCUCGCCAGGACGUCCUUCACUUUAUUACCACAGACAUAGCUUAUUUUCAAAUUAAUGUAAAUUAUGAAGAGCUCAAAAUAUUAAAUAAAAAGUUUAUUAUAUGAGGUAGCGGCGCGCGCGCGCAUCGAACGCACGUUUGAGAUGCGGGGGUCGACGUAUACUCUUCACGGUCGCUUCGCGAAUAAUGUCGCGAUCCAAGUUAGCCCUUUCAUUCUACGUAACGAAGCUAAGUGGCGCAACCAAUGACAAUUUAUAUUACAUUAAAUUAACACUUCAGAACUAUUACAAUUAUUUUACAUUAAAAAGUUUAUCUCUCAGAAAAAUCAACUUCCAUCCAUAAUUUCAACGACUGUCUUACUCUGACGAAUUUUUGAUCAGGUCAUGUGUUUCACUUUUUAUACCCAUCCCAAGUAAAGUGCUCGACGCCGCUAAAUAAGUUUUCAAUUCAAAAUGCUCCGACACUUACAAAUAAAACGAAUAUUCUUAGUUUUAUUUAAAUAUUUUUACUUUUUAUUAAACAUCCAAGAUUUUAUAAAAAA